AUGUCGGGUUCUUCUUUCACUUCGAUUCCUGUUCUGGAUUUCUCUCAGGCACUAUCCCCAUCUAAAUCCACCUUUCUCGCAAACCUUCGCGAAGCCCUUGUGAAUGUUGGCUUUUUUUAUCUCCGAAAUGCUCCUAUUUCGGCUCAAAGCCAAGAGCAGUUUGUAGAAAAGGCCCUAGGUCUUUUUGAGCUACCACUAGAGAAAAAGCUUGAGAUCGAAAUGGUCAAUAGUCCGCACUUUUUGGGCUACUCAAGGCUUGGUGCAGAAAUUACGGCUUUAAAGCCGGAUUAUCGUGAACAAUUUGAUUUCGCAACCGAGCUCCCUGCACCUGGUCCAAACGAGCCUUUGUAUAGGAAUGUGGUUGGUCCUAACCAGUGGCCAGAUGAAACAGCAAUCCCCGGAUUUCGUCAAUCAUUCGACAAAUAUCUGUCGGAAGUGAGCAGCCUAGCAGAGUUGUUCCCAGGGUUGAUUGCGGAGGCAUUAGAUCUCCCGCCAACUACAUUCGAUCAGGUGUUUGACAACCCGCAGCAACAUAAACUGAAGUUGAUCAAAUACCCCCCACCACUUGGAGCUAGCAAUGAGGGGUCCGGAUUUCAAGGUGUUGGUCCUCAUAAAGAUUCCGGAUUUCUUACAUUCCUCUUGCAGGGUACUCCUCACCAUGGCCUCGAGGUCCAAAAUAAAAACGGAACAUGGAUUCCUGCUCCCCCACUUCCGGGGACAUUGGUCAUUAACAUUGGCCGGUCCUUAGAGGCGCUGACUGGAGGGAUCUGCACGGCAACCACUCACCGUGUAAGCUUGCGGCCGGAAAGCUUCCACGGUGGCUGUUCAGGACCUAGAUUUUCCUUCCCUGUGUUCCAGGGAGUGAGUCUCGAUCUUUCUGCCGAUAAGAUUUCUUUGAAGAUACCAGUUCAUAUUCGUGACCUUGAGUUUGAACUUGAGAGCGAGAAGAGUUCUCGACGCACAUUCCAGGUGGAAAACGUCGAAGCUAAAGCAGAAGUUAGGAGGUUAAACGAUAUAAAUGUGGGUGUUUUUCUAAACUUUAAGCCACCGAAUUGA